UGUUUUUUCGUUUCUGUUUCUUCCUCUCCUAUAGGUAGCGUUGUGUAGCUGCUGGUUUCUAGCGUGUAGCGAUUCCUGGAGGUCUAGCCUCUAGGGGACGAUGACCGAGAGGCUUUGACAUAUCCUGGUGGAAUGGAGGUGUGCCUGUUUGAAUUCUAGCCCUUGUUGCUUCCUCUGGCUAAAUCAGCUCAGGUAGGACUAGGUAGCACCCAAAUUUUUGGCGACACCGGCGUACCAGAAUUUUUGGCAUCUACCCUCUGACAUUUCUCCCCAUUUUUGGUCUCUUGCAUCGCUUCCUUUUCGACCUCCCGAGCUGCUUGGUUUCGUCUCCAUCUCCAUCUCCAGUUGCACUUGGUCUCGGGUCCUUGGGCCGAGUGUUUCUUGUCACUUCCUGCUGGUUCCCUCCCCAACUCACAGCUUCUACUUCUUGUUCCUUCUGCCGUGAAUCCAUCGGGUCAUGAUUCACUCCAUGGACUAAAAUCACCGCGCUGUCCCCUAACCACAUGUUCUUUCUGUAAAUUUGCCUGACACUCUCUCAUGGAACUGUAAAUUUCAACCCCGUCUGUUUCUUUUUUCCUUCCGGAAGGCGUCUCGAUCGAUCUUGUGCCAUUCAAGCGCAAUGGGCGUGGGAUCCAUUCCAUUAAGCUGCAGAGUGUUUUAAUGGCCGCACAGUGGAACUGCGUCCCUUUCCCUAUCAUCGCCUUCAAUAGCCAGCCACCUGCUCGCCAUUGCCGGUCCUUCUCCUCCCCCCAUUAAUGGCGAAACUGUCCAUGGUCUUUUCUGGGGCCUGAACGUGCUUGUGUUGCCUCUGCUCUCGCGUGGUCGCGUCGUUCCAUUCCUCCUCCUCCCCCUGCCGCGUGCUCACGUUAAUGGCCUCAUAGCUACGCCUCAUCUUCCUCCCCGCCUUUAUUCUCCCCAAGCUUUAAUGGCGUUUGGUGGCUAAAACGGCCGGUAGCUUCUCGCCAUUAAAAAGAUUAGAUUGUUCUCUGGAAAGGACCUGAUCUCCCUUUUGGUGCCCGCAUUAACUCGGCAUCUUGAGUGGGACGCUCUUGCACCGUUCAGCCGCAGGAUCAAGAGUCUGUCCGAGGAGGAGCUGGUCGGAGCUGCGGCGUCGCCUCGUCGCAGACUAGUGUUGCGCGGCUUCCCCGGCGGCGCUGAGGCGUUCGAGCUCGUCGCGAGGUUCUGCUACGGCGGCGGCGGCGGAGUGACGGUGACCGCGGCCAACGCCUGCGCGGUGCGGUGCGCGGCACAGUACAUGGAGAUGGCGGACUCGCCCGCGGCGACGGCAGCGUCCACCGCCCCGAGUUUGGUGAAGGUGGCGGAUAAGGCGCUGGAGGAUAUGCCGCACUGGCCGUGGCAUUGCGUGGUGGAUGCCGUGAAGCAGUGCCAGAGCCUCUUCCCGCUCGCCGAAUCCACCGGGGUGUUCGACAAGGUCGUCGGCGCGCUGCUGGCUCAGAUGGCCAUCCCUGCCCCAGGCGACGCCACCCCGACGAGCUCCUCGCCGGAGAGCUCGGCGUUCCGCUUCUCCUGCGAUACCAAGUGCAGCAGCCUCAGCCUGCGCCGCACCUGGUGGUUCGAGGACCUCGUCGUCCUCAGCCCCGGCAUGGUGGAGCGCGUCGCCAAGGCGCUCCUGGCCAGGGGCGCCGACCACGGCAUCGUCGCCCGGUUCCUCUUCUACUACCUCAAGUGCCGCAUCGCCGGCGCCGGCGCCGAGGACAAGGCGGCGAUGCUGGAGGCGGCGAUCACCGUCAUUGCCGACCUCGACCGGAGUUCGGUUUCUUGCAAGGGCCUGUUCGGCAUCCUGAGGAUCGCCUCCCCGGUCAAGCUGGCCGCCGGUUGCCAGGAAAUGCUCGUGGCCAUGAUAGGCCGCAAGCUGGACCACGCAACGCUCGACAACCUGCUCGUCCAGGCGCCGUCCGGGACGAGCAGCCUGUACGACGUGAGCCUGGUGCUCAGGUUCCUGGAGGCGUUCCUGCGCCACGGCGACGAGCCGGGGAGGCUGAAGAAGGUGGGCGAACUCAUGGACUUGUACCUGGCCGAGGUGGCGCCGGACCCGUCGCUGCGGCCGGCCAGGUUCGUCGAGCUUGCCACCGCGCUGCCCGCCGCCGCGAGGGACUGCCACGACGCGCUGUACCGCGCCAUCGACGUCUACUUCCAGGUCCACGGCCGACUGACGGACGACGAGAAGAUGAAGAUCUGCAAGGGCAUCAACUACGAGAAGCUGUCGCCGGAGUGCUGCAAGCACCUGGCGACCAACUCCGGGUUCCCGACGAGGGCGGCGGUGCAGGCGCUGGCGUCCCAGCACACGGUGCUCAAGGGCAUCAUCCGCCACUCCGGCACGCUGAAGCCGGCCUCGCCCCCGCCUCCUCCGGCCGCCCACCGCGAGAGCUACGACGACGCGGACGGCGACAGCAACGGGCAGGUGGUCCUGUACGCGAGCAGGCUGGAGCUGACGCUGGAGAACCAGAACCUCAAGUCGCUCCUGGACAGCAUGCACUGGCGGGUGAUGGAGCUGGAGAAGGUGUGCAGCCGGAUGAAGACGCAGAUGACCAAGAUGAAGGCCUCCCGGCGAGGAGGAGGCGCCGCGGCGGCGAGAUCACUCCCCAGGAUGUGUUCUUGAUCGUCCCAUUUCACUCUGCACAUUAGUGAAUGUACAUACUGCUAGGACCAGCUGCAGCGUCCUGUUUUCUGUUCUUUUUUGCUUCACUUUUGUCAAAUUUUCUCUGUGUAUCGAUUCCUGGUGAUUGAUCUAAUCUGAUGUGGGUGGAGCUGGGGAA